AGCUUCACCGCGGUCCUAUCCUCUCUAACGUUAGAUCGCUAGAUCCUCGGUAUUCUUUUCUUUCUGUUCUUUUAAGUUUGAUCCAGAAGUGUCACUGGACGGAGGAAAUUAUUUGGAUGAGCAAGAUGCCGCAACCACAGUCCAUUCAAGGAUCUCGUCAGGUCCUGCCGCCCAUAUCGCCCAGCCCUGAUGUCUACAAGCAGUUCUUGAAGGAACUUGAAGAUCAGAUCAACGUGGAGGUAGCCAGGGUAGAAUGUGCAGAGGAAGGGCCUGACCCUCAUCGAUAUGCCAUCUACAAAGGAGCCUUUGAUCAGAUUAUUGACAAUGUUUCUGCCUACAAGUCCCUCCUGAGUGCAAUCAAAGCUGAGUAUGAAGAUUGCAUUGACACCAUAGAGAAAGGUCAAGAGGAAGCAUUUUACCUCUCUGGAAAGGUCAAAGCACUUGCCUCUGAGCAGACAACACUCAGUCUCUAUCAGAAGCGAGCCGAUGAGCUUGAACAAAAACUUGGUCUAGUGAAAGCUGAUAAUGAGAAGUUCAAAGCUGAACUUGAAAAGAUUGCAGAGAUUUACCGAGCGAGGGAAGAAGUGAAGAGAAAAGCAGAGGAAAAGAUAGAAGAAUCAAAGAAAAAAAUGCCCACAAUGCCAAAUAGGAUGCUAAAAGGAAUGGACUUAGAUGAAUGCACGGAUUUGGACAAAUUGGAGAGUGAGAUAAAUCGUCUCAAAGAUGUACUGUCAGCCCUGAAGCAGACUAAGGUAACCAAGUACUCAACCAAAGAGAGGAAGAAUGAACUCAAAACUCAACUAGAGAAUAAGACCAAAGCCAGGGAUCAUGUACAAGAGCAGAAUCAACAGUUAAAGGAGAGGUGUCUGAAGGUGAGGAUUGCCCUGGAUGCAUUGGCUUCAUACUACAAAGAGAAACGGUUUAUCUUUGGACCAGCUGAAGCAGUAUCUUUUGCUCUGACAAGAUCAGGCUCCAUGAUGAGUGUCAGAAGUCAGGAGACAACAUCCACCUUUGAAGAUGAUGAUCCCACCAAGGAAAGAGAGGCCGAGUUGUUGCUUGAAUACAUAGAACAGUUCAAUGAGAUGUUUGAAGAGGCUCACUAUGUAGAGGCUGCUAUGCAUGCAGCAAACAGUCCUAAAGGGAUCCUACGAAACCCAGAAACAUUGCAAAGAUUUAAAGGUGUUCGAGUGAAGCGUGGUCAGAAGUCCCCUCUGUUGAUAUAUGCUGAAUCUCUGAUGUCGUCGGUGCCUGCCAUAGGUGUGCCUCCCAAUGCUGAUACCACCCUGGAAUGUGUGAAGAGCGCCCUCACUGAGGAUCGUCUUGAUAUUGUCACACACUGGAUUGCAAAUAACUGGCUGACCUACUCAGAGCCCUUGGGUCAUCUCCUAUAUAACUACGCCCAGGGUAGAGGUCAGCAGGUCAGAGGUCAGGAUGUGGUCAUUCAAUGCCUUCCUCUAGCUCAGGCAGUCUAUACGAAGGUGGGAGCUCAUCUUCAAGCUGCUGUGUGUAUGUCUAAGCAAGGCAGGGUUCAUGCCAUGAUGGAGUAUGCACAGUCAGUUAACUUCAGUCGUGAUGCCUACUUGGGAGUGCUGGUAGCAUGUCCAUCUCUAUCCCUGGCCGAGGUCUUGGUCCAGCCUAGUGGUCACUCCACCAGACCAGCUCUUUCUGUAGGUUCAGUGGUCAGCACCCUACUCAAGACUCAGGACCAUCAUCAGAUAGGUGUAGAGCUGAUUGAUAAUAUCCAUCAUAGUAUUAUCUCAGGUUCUAGUAAGUUGCGAUUGAAGGACCUAGUCUUCCAAGAUCCCGACACCAAAGUGAGCUCAUGGCAGAAGAUCAUCAGAGCUUGUAAUGACAGCGGAUCAUAUGAUGUGGGACUAGAGCUACUUGCUGCUGUGACAGUCCUGGAGGCCAUCAAGAAGGCUGCAGAAAGUGCCUGAAAAUGGCAAAGUCUGCCUUUCUUUGAACAAAGGAAGCAAUGUUUAAUCCAAAUUUUCAGUUCUUGAUGGUUUCCAUAUUUAACAUUUUGGCGUCUACUUCCAAGCAAUAUCUCAGACAUAUUUAUCCAUCUUACUAAAGGCUUGUACAGACAUAAAUAGUGAGUCAUAUCACUCUACUUAUGCUACUAAGCAUGCAUUAUAAGCUUUGCGUAUCAAUAUAUUCUUCAAAUUUGCCCAGAGAAACUCAAGACAUGGUUCUUGUCAAAUGAUUUCAUAGGUUAGUCCAUGCAACUCUGGCCAAAUUAUUUAUGCCAUACCAAUGAAAUAAAUGAAUGAAAUGAUAAAUGACAUACCAACCAAAUUGAGUGAUAUUGGGCACCUAACAAUUUGCGACACAAUUUCUGUAAUGCAAACUAUUAAUAGACUGGCGUUUUCAGAGUGCUUGCAUCAUAUUUGCAAAUGUGCUUGACACAACUUCAGUUAGUCAUCAGUGUCACACAAAUCUGUUUGACUUUGGAGAAAGUCAACGUUGUAAAUAAAAUGUUUAACUUAACGGGGAAGUUCACCCUGAAGAAAAGUUUGUUGUAAAAAUAGCAGAAAAAUAUUUUUAAAUAUUGUUGAAGGUUUGAGGAAAUUUUUUUUGAUUUGUGACAUCAUAAACGAGCAGCUGCCCCAUAUGUUAUGUAAUAUAAAAUGCAUAAAUUUCAAUUUUUAAUGGUUCGUUGACUUAUUUUUGUUUUCUUCUUAGGAACAGGUAUGAAAUGAUUUGCCUCUUGAUAUACUGAAGAUACAGUAAAAACCAUUUUCAGUUUUCUGAGAAAUGACAUUUCAUUGAUUUUUUUACCAUACGAUAUGUAGGAAAGUUGCUCGCCUAUGACAAAAUAAUUAAAAUUCAAAUAACUUUUUUUAUUCUUUGAUGGAUUUCUCUCAAACCUUCAGGAAUAUUUUUUAUUACUUUUUUGCUAUUUUUACAAUAAACUUUUUGUCAAGAUGAACUUUCCCUUUAAUCAGGGUUUUAAAGACUUAUUAUAAUAACUAUUGCACAAUUUCUAUAACAAAUUUACUAUCAGAUUGAAGGAUUUCAGUAGCUUUAUCUCUAAUUGCAAAUUUGUUAUUAUUAUUAUUAUUAUUGUAACAAGUUUUCUGAAACAGGCCCCUGGUCUGAAAAAUUUUGUCAACUUUGUUGUUGAUUAUUAAUUUAUGCAAACUCAACUGUGUUCAAGGAGCAUUAAUACAGCUUAUUCUCAGUGUAUCAUGGAUAACAGAAUUGAACUUCUUGGAUAUCUUUGAAAUGUUUCCUUUAAUUUUUUUAAGGAGGAAAACAAAUGUUAGUCCUCCUUUGCGUGUGUGCUUCAUGAAAUUUCCUGCCUUAUUUCUGAAAGCCGUCCAGCUUUUCAUUUAAAAACUUUGUUUUUUCUACAUAUAUACAGUUUUUGUCUCACCUGCAUAGCAGAGUGAGACUAUAGGCGCCGCUUUUCCGACGGCGACGGCGGCGGCGGCGUCAACACCAAAUCUUAACCUGAGGUUAAGUUUUUGAAAUGACAGCAUAACUUAGAAAGUAUAUGGACCUAGUUCAUGAAACUUGGCCAUAAGGUUAAUCAAGUAUUACUGAACAUCCUGCCUGAGUUUCAUGUCACAUGACCAAGGUCAAAGGUCAUUUAGGGUCAAUGAACUUAGACCAUGUUGGGGGAAUCAACAUCAAAAUCUUAACCUAAGGUUAAGUUUUUGAAAUGUCAUCAUAACUUAGAAAAUAUAUGGACCUAGUUCAUGAAACUUAUACAUAAGGUUAAUCAAGUAUCACUGAACAUCCUGCAUGAGUUUCACAUCACAUGACCAAGGUCAAAGGUCAUUUAGGGUCAAUGAACUUUGGCCGAAUUGGGGGUAUCUGUUGAAUUACCAUCAUAACUUUCAAAGUUUAUGGAUCUGAUUCAUGAAACUUGGACAUAAUAGUAAUCAAGUAUCACUGAACAUCCUGUGCAAGUUUCAGGUCACAUGAUCAAGGUCAAAGGUCAUUUAAGGUCAAUGAACUUUGGCCAAAUUGGGGUAUUUGUUGAAUUACAGCCAUAAAUUUGAAAGUGUGUUGGUCUAGUUCAUAAAACUUGGACAUAAUAGUAAUCAAGUAUCACUGAACAUCCUGUGCGAGUUUCAGGUCACAUGAUCAAGGUCAAAGGUCAUGUAAGGUCAAAGAACUUUGGCCACGUUGGGGGUAUUUGUUGAAUUGCCAUCAUAUCUCUAUAAGUGUAUUGGUCUAGUUCAUAAAACGUGGAAAUAAUAGUAACCAAGUAUCACUGAACAUCUUGUGCGAGUUAUAGUAGUUUUCAAAAUCAGCACUGCUGCUAUAUUGAAUCGCGUGAUGCAGGUGAGACGGCCAGAGGCAUUCCACUUGUCUUUGUAUUCAAGUAUUCUACUGCUGUAAAAAAUACUGUAAAUAAUGAAUAUAUUUUGUAGUAUUCAAUACUUUAUUAAAUAUUUAUUACUUAUUGAUUCUGUAAAAUAGUAAUAUCAACUGUAUAUUAAAUAAAUUUUUAUCUGCUA